AUGGGACGCCUUCACUCUAACGGAAAGGGCAUAUCUGCCUCCGCCAUUCCAUACUCCCGCACUCCUCCAGCAUGGUUGAAGACUACUCCUGAGCAGGUUGUUGACCAGAUUUGCAAGCUUGCAAAGAAGGGAGCUACCCCAUCUCAAAUCGGUGUUGUCCUCCGUGACAGCCACGGUGUUGCCCAGGUCAAGGUUGUGACCGGUAACAAGAUUCUCAGAAUCCUCAAGUCCAACGGCCUCGCACCAGAAAUCCCAGAGGAUCUUUACAUGUUGAUCAAGAAGGCCGUCGCUGUCCGCAAGCACCUCGAGCGCAACCGCAAGGACCAGGACUCCAAGUUCCGCCUGAUUCUCAUCGAGUCCCGUAUCCACCGCCUGUCCCGCUACUACAAGACCGUCGGUGUUCUCCCACCUACCUGGAGAUACGAGAGCUCCACCGCCAGCACCAUGGUCUCAUAG